GCCAACCUUAACCGAUCGUUUCUUAACUAACAUAUCGACUCCUUUGAUCAUCGUAUAUCCAAAAAGCUGCAACACACACUCACUCGCUCUUCUCAUUCUGUGUGUGUGUGUGUGUGUGUGUUAGAGAGAGAGAGAGAGCCGAUAAUGGCGGGAUUGAAUAUAUUAUCGCCAUGGCAGCUGUCAGCUUCUUCCACGUCAUCAUCAUCAUCAUCAUCAUAUUCGUUACGUUUUCGACAUUUUUAUGAGUUUAAUAAUAAUAUUUCCAAUUGCGGGUCGUCAACUCUUUCCAUUUCUGGAAACCCAAAAUCAAAGUGUCCUCCUUUGUCUUCUCAAAUGCUAUCUAAUUCUUCAGGCAAUGGAUAUUCAUGGAUGCAAGAUAAUUCUGCUUCUUGUGAUAAUUUUUCCCCUAAUGGAAGGAAGCAAGGUCCAUUGAAUUCUGUGUCUCCAACAGAACAAGCACAAGUUUCUUCCGUGGACGAUCUAUAUGACUUCAUAUGCUCAGGCCCUCUCAUCAAUAAGAUAGGUCUGACACCAGAAAAGGUGGCUGAGUCCAUUGACAAGUGGAUAGAGUAUGGAUUACUGCUCUGUAGAUUGUUUCAGCUCAACCAGUUGGCUCUCAACGAGGCCCAAAAAAUUCGAAUCUAUCACUACUAUAUUCCAGUCUUCUUGUGGUGUGAACAGGAAAUUUCGCAGCAUUGUUCCAAGUUCAAAGAAGAAGAAGAAAUCCCGCCAUUGGUGAUUGGCUUUAGUGCGCCUCAAGGAUGUGGAAAGACAACACUAGUAUUCGCAUUAGAAUAUCUUUUUAAAAUCACUGGGAGGAAAGCUGCUACAUUAUCCAUUGAUGAUUUUUACCUAACAGCAGAAGAACAGGCAAAACUAAGAGACAGCAACCCAGGGAACUCGCUUUUGGAGUUUCGUGGAAAUGCUGGAAGCCAUGAUCUUCCAUUGUCUGUUGAGACACUGACAGCGCUAAGUAAAUUGACGAAAGAAGGUGUGAAAAUGAAGCUUCCUAGAUAUGAUAAAUCUGCUUACAAUGGUAGAGGUGAUAGAGCUGAUCCCUCCACAUGGCCAGAGGUUGAAGGGCCUCUACCGGUAAUUCUGUUUGAGGGUUGGAUGCUUGGGUUCAAACCCCUUCCACCUGAAGUUGUCAAAGCUGUUGAUCCACAGCUAGAGACGGUCAACAAGAACUUACAAGCUUAUUAUGAUGCAUGGCAUAAGUAUGUUAAAUCAUGGAUUGUUAUCAAGAUUCAAGACCCUAGUUAUGUCUACCAGUGGCGUUUGCAGGCAGAGAUUGCAAUGAGAGCUGACGGGAAGCCUGGGAUGUCUGAUGAGGAGGUGAAGGACUUUGUAUCCCGCUACUUGCCAGCAUACAAGGCUUACCUUCCCACACUAUACUCGGAAGGUCCUACUGGCUCAGAUCCAAAGCAUGUUCUUCUCAUUGAUAUUGAUGAAGGGAGAAAUCCCAUCCUCGCUUGCUAAGGUAAACCUGCAGUUAUGGAGUUACUUUUGAUCCUUGAUUGAAUGUUGUGCAAAGAUUGGGACCCUUGCCAGCAUCAUCUGCACCUGAGAGUGUCUUCAAUUGUACAUUCAAAUGUAUUAUUGUAAAUUAAGCCACAUGUGAAGGUAAAAUGUCUGAACAAUUUUUUGCUC